AUGGAUGACUUCUCAAACGUAUCCUCUAUUUUGACAUUGCAAAGCCUCAAUCUACCUCCUGAAAAUGCAUUGGCUGCACUUCUUUUUGCCACACUCAAUUAUAUGAUCAUUGUCUUCUGUAACCUGGUCCUGAUUCUAACCAUCGUCCUCAAUAAGAGUCUCCACCAGCCUAUGUACCUUCUGCUGCUAAACUUACCCAUCAAUGACCUUAUUGGUUCUACAGCACUUUUUCCACAGGUCAUCAAAGAGCUUUUACUUGACACAAGGAUAAUUCAAUACCCUGCUUGUGUCACACAAGCUUUCUUCAUCCAUAUCUAUGGGGUGGGAUCUGGGAUCAUUCUAACUGCUAUGGCAUAUGACAGAUAUAUUGCCAUAUGUUUUCCAUUGAGGUACAACACAAUUAUGAGCUAUUCCCAUAUCAUGAAAAUCAUCACACUGAAAUGGCUGUUUAACUUGAUUAUGAUAGGGGUAUUAUUUUACCUGCUGCUUCGGUUACCCCGCUGUAGAUCUCUGAUGACGCACUCCUACUGUGAUAACCCCUCACUGUUGAAACUGGUCUGUGCUGACACAACCAUCAAUAACAUCUAUGGACUGUUUACAGUUGCCCUCCUUCAAGUCGUAUCUGUUUGGACUGUUCUGUACAGUUAUCUGCAGAUCCUUCUCAUGUGUUUCAGAAACAAAGGAUCGUCUGACACUAAAAACAAAGCUCUUCAGACUUGCGCUACCCAUUUAAUUCUUUAUCUUCUCCUGGAGAGUUUAGGGCUUCUCACCAUUAUUUCAUACAGACUGAGUGAAUUUCCCCCACAAUUACGGAGACUCAUAGGGGUUUCAACUUUAAUUUUUCCACCUACAUUAAAUCCAAUCAUAUAUGGUCUUAAAACAACUGAGAUAAGAGUAAAAAUAAUGCAUUUCUUCCAGAGAAAGAUCCGUCCAUUGUAG